ACGAAAAUGCCGUGCUUUGAACGCACGCACGCUCCCCUCCUAGACAGUCGAGGCCAAGAUUUUCUCCAGUUCCGAAGCUUCCUCCCUGACCCUCACUGGCCGUCGGGCUUUCUUUAACAGAGAUUUUCUCCGUAGCCUCUACUCCAGAGCUUUCUAGCUAGUAUCUUUUUCUGCUUCGCUUCUUUUUCUUCUUCUUCCAGCUCUCCAGCAUAACGCUCGGCACCAGGGUUUCUUGGGGACGAGGGCUGUGAAGCUUCUUCAAUGGCAAAAACUUGGGCCGGACCUACAAACCCGUUCGGCAGAACCGGUGUGCGUAUCGUGGUUGCCGGAGACAGAGGCACCGGGAAAUCGAGCUUGAUUGUGACGGCCGCGGCUGAGAACUUUGCAGCAAACGUGCCGCCGGUGUUGCCGCCGACGAGGCUUCCAGAGGAUUUCUUCCCCGACCGCGUGCCCAUUACAAUCAUAGACACUUCGUCUCGUGUGGAGGAUGAUGGUAAAGUGGCCGAAGAAUUGAAGCGGGCUGAUGCAGUUGUGUUUACUUAUGCUUGUGAUGAGCCUUCUACACUUGAUCGAUUGAGUACUUUUUGGCUUCCUAAGCUUCGUAAAUUAGAGGUGAAAGUCCCAGUCAUAGUGGUGGGUUGUAAGCUGGAUUUGAGAGAUGAGAACCAGCAGAUGAGCCUGGAGCAGGUGAUGUCACCAAUAAUGCAGCAGUUUCGGGAGAUUGAAACUUGUAUCGAGUGUUCAGCACUUAAACAAAUUCAGAUUCCCGAAGUUUUCUACUACGCACAAAAAGCUGUGCUUCAUCCAACAGGUCCACUAUUUGAUCAGGAAACACAGACUUUGAAGCCUCGAUGUGUGCGAGCCUUGAAGCGGAUAUUUAUUCUUUGUGACCAUGAUAAGGAUGGGGCCCUCAGCGAUGCAGAGUUGAAUGAUUUUCAGGUCAAAUGUUUCAAUGCUCCAUUACAACCUUCAGAAAUAGUAGGUGUUAAGAGGGUUGUCGCAGAAAAGUUGGCCGAAGGAGUCAAUGAACGUGGGCUUACUUUGACGGGAUUCCUCUUUCUUCACGCUUUAUUCAUAGAAAAAGGUCGUCUUGAGACUACAUGGACUGUCCUCAGAAAAUUUGGAUAUAACAACGAUAUUAGACUUUCAGAGGAACUCAUCCCUUCGUCUCUCAAACGAGCCCCUGAUCAGAGUGUGGAGCUGACAAAUGAAGCCAUUGAGUAUCUAAGAGGAAUCUUUGAAUUGUUUGACAGUGAUCAUGAUGGGGCUCUUCGACCUCGUGAAAUUGAUGAUUUGUUUUCCACUGCCGCAGAAAGUCCUUGGGAUAGAGCCCCUUAUGUGGAUGCUGUGGAGAGAAAUGCAUUUGGUGGGCUCUCACUUGAUGGGUUUUUGUCAGAGUGGGCCCUUAUGACUCUUAUAGACCCAGCUUGGAGCAUGGAGAAUCUGAUAUACAUUGGUUAUCCUGGUGAUCCUUUGUCUGCUUUCCGUGUAACCAGAAGGCGGCGUGUGGAUCGCAAAAAGCAGCAGACAGAUAGAAAUGUUUUCCAGUGUUUUGUUUUUGGGCCCAAGAAGGCUGGAAAGUCUGCACUAUUGAAUUCUUUUCUUGGAAGGAGUUUCUCUGAUAAUUAUACUUCAACCACUGACGAGCUAUAUGCAGUGAACGUUGUUGAUCAGCCCGGGGGAGCAAAGAAAACUCUUGUGUUGAGAGAGAUACCCGAAGAUGAAGUUUCGAAACUGCUAUUAGAAAAAGAAUCUUUGGCUGCUUGUGACAUAGCAGUGUUUGUUCAUGACAGUACUGAUGCAUUCUCAUGGGAAAGAGCGACUGAGUUGCUGGUAGAAGUUGCUAGUCAUGGUGAGGAUACUGGCUUUGAGGUGCCUUGUCUCAUAGUUGCAGCUAAAGAUGAUCGGGAUUCAUUUCCCAUGGCCAUACAAGAAUCUACCAGGGUUAGUCAGGACAUGGGAAUAGAGGCUCCUAUACCUAUCAGUGUGAAGCUGGGUGAUCUGAAUAAUGUUUUCCGAAGGAUUGUAAGUACUUCCGAACACCCACAUUUGAGCAUACCUGAAACUGAAGCUGGGCGAAGCCGAAAGCAAUACCAUCGGCUUCUAAAUCACUCACUUGUGUUCUUUUCAGUCGGAGCUGCCGUAGCCAUUGUUGGGCUUGCAGCUUACCGUGUCUAUGCUGCAAGGAAAAAUGCUUCUAGCUGAGGGUUGGAAGUUUGCACAUCAAACAGCGUACUUGUCCUCUCACCAUUUUAUAUAAAAUUGGCUGUUCAACUCUUGGCACCUUGUUGGGUUUCUUGAUAAAGUUUCUACUGAAAAAUCACAACCUCAAUUUUAACUUAUCUUCAUCUUUGGCUUGUACUUAAGAGGGCUGUGCAUCCUGCCCCCCUGAAUUGUUCCUUGUAGGAUUUUUUCUUCGGCUUUUCAAAUUUUAGAAUUGAAAAGUAGUAGGAAUUGUGUAAAAUAUGAAGAGUUCUGCUAAAAAUCUUCCAAUGUGUAUAUGAAGCUUCCUAAACCCAUUUUGUUGAUAA